CACAGAGAGGAAUAUCAGAGUAGGGGCUCUGGUACCAUGUCAAAAUUGGUCUGAAUACCCUUUACUGAGGGUUUGCUUUCAUUAUAUAGAAGAGAAUAUACAAGAUUGUUGCCAGAUUCUAUGCGUCUAAUAUGCUAUACAAGGUAAGUAUUUACAGCAAUAUCUAAUCUAGUUAGAAAGGAAAUUAUCACAAAAAAUACAAAAAAUAUUUCCCAAAUCAUAUAUCCGUAACAUGUUAGCCACCCUAUACUUGCUGAAAUUUAUGCACUAUGAAGGGUUGUGGAGUUUUGUUUCGAAUUAAACAUGAAGAACAUUGUUUUUGAAGGAGACGUACAAACAGUGAUAAGAGAUGUAAAUAGUAAAGAGGUGGUUUGCAUAUGGUAUGGUCGAUUAAUUGAAGAUUUGAGAAGCAUUUUUACCAGUAGAACAGAUUGGAAGAUACAACAUACAUGCAGGGAAAGCAACACAGUGGCGCAUCAAUUAGCUAAGUUAGCUUUGGAAACAUAAGAGGAAUUAGUAAGGAUUGAAAAUGGUCCAUCGGAGAUCUUUAUACUUGUAAUACAGGACAAACUUUGUAUCCCUUAAUAUUAGUUUUACAAUGAAAUGAUACAUAUUUACUUCAAAAAAGAAGAUAUUAAUAUUGGAAGGUGGUACGACGUACGAUCGAUCGAGGUGUUAAUUCAAUUAAUCUAAGCCAACAGAUGCAAAUGUUAGAUUGGAAAUGCUAGAGCCUCCAAAUAAAUGUCCCAACUUUGCAUCCCGAAUGACGUGGAGUGACCCACGUGGAUAAGCCACUUUCGUUUAAUUACGAAAAAACCAAUUUGAAUUUAAAAAUAAAAAACUUCCUUCCUCUUUCAUUUUUCUCCCCCCCUCCCGCCCCUCCCAAAUCAAAUCUCCUCUGUAGAAUAAAAUCUCAUCCCGUUUAUAUCUCCUCCCAGAAAUGUCAUCCUCUGUAGAUCUCCUCUGCUCCUUCAAUGAAAUGCCAUCCUGUCAGUUUUCCUCUAUACAUCCAGUUUCAUCCAUCCCUCCUUCACUGAAGGCCACGGCUCCACCCUCCCUUCCAAAUCAGAAACGGCUUGACUCCCCAAGGCCUGGAGCGUCACCAUUGAGUAGAACCGUUGCCACUGUCACCUCCAUCCCUUGGAUUCAUGACUGUAACCUCACUAUUGAGCCACAAUCGCUCCAUCUCAAAGCCUUAAACCCUAAGACCUCUGCCGCCUCCCCUCCGUUGGACUCCACAAAGCUUGAGGCCAACCCCCUCACCACUGAGCCUACUGUUGCCGCUGGUUGUUACCAUGGUGUAGAUCUCCAUUUACGCCGUGGUCUGGAUUCCCUCACAGAAAAAUCGAGUACAUAUUCAGAGCUUCAAGCAGCCAGAGGGGCUGAUCAGCUGCCAUUAGUUGAUAACUUUUUUAGUCUUCAAGAUGACUUGGGGCACACUCAACCAAUUAUUGAGUUAUAUGCAAAUAAUAAUCUACUGCGAGCAAAGGACAGUAAUCCCAAGGGCCCUGGUUCCAUCAGAGAAUGUCUGAAACUUACUUUGGACAGAAAGAAAAAUGCAACUACAUGGAUUAGAGCUGCUUUGGUAUUCAACCUCACACUAUUUUCUGCCAAUGGCAUCCCCAAGACGACUACCAAUGUAGAGAAAAAAAAAAAAGCAUAACUUAUGACAGUAAAACAAAGGGAACGUGUAUGGUGAGAAAAACAUGUUAAUAGUGGCAAAAUCCAGGUUGGAUUGGCAGCUGAGACGAAAACAUAUACGGUCCUCUUGAAGCAUGUUGAGAGAACAGCCAUGGCUUGGAAAUUAUGAAUGCAAUAGCUGAAGGAAACUGCAUGUUGAUCCAUCUCACUCUUCUUAUAAUUCUUAGUAGACGCAGUUUGUAUGGAAAAAAUGACAUUGACUUCCAAAUAUGUAAAUAGAUUUUUUCCCCUCUUUGCAAGAAAUUCAGAUGUAAUUCGUUAUGAUUCUUUCAUCCAAUGAAAU